CAAUAUGAUAAAAUGUGGUAUCCGUAUAUUACUAUGUUUUAGUGUAAUACGAUUAUUGUAACUUGCUUUGGAUAAACAGAACAAGAAAUGGAUAUUAGUAAUUUUAAAGCCUAUUAAAUAUCAGUAUAUAAACACGAUGUUACCAAGAAAUUAAACACUAUGAUCAUUUUGCUUAAUGUUAAUAAUUUAAUAACUCUGAUGACACCUUAACUGCAUUACAAGUCGAAAACCAUUAAAUCGGUUGUGAAAAACCUCCCUCUUGUUAGGGGGCGGAGGUGAGGGAGAAUUAAAACUCAGUUGGCGCAGUCAAUGCUGACAGAAGCGGUCAUUAGCAGUCAUGGUCCGUUGGUCACAAUCUGAACGGAGUGUCAUUGCAGAUCUCUGGAGCAAAAUCAAUGUCGAAGAGAUCGGGCCUCAGUCCCUGGCAAGAGUGCUGAUUGUCUACCCAUGGACUCAGCGCUAUUUCGGCAAAUUUGGAAAUUUGAACAGUGUAGCUGCCAUCCUGGGAAACCCUUUGGUCAGUGCCCAUGGCAUAGUAGUACUGAACUCUUUGGACCUGGCAGUGAAGAACUUGGACAGCAUUAAGACGACCUACUCGAAUCUGAGCGAGCUCCACUGUGAGAUUCUCAAUGUAGACCCCGAUAAUUUCAGGCUUUUUGCCGACUGCCUGACCAUCGUGGUAGCCACCAAAUUUGGAGCCGACUUCAGCCCUGAAAUUCAAGCAACAUGGCAGAAGUUUCUGGCUGUCGUCGUCGCCGCUCUGAGCAGCCGCUACUUUUAAACUUUCCAUCAAGUCUGCUCUGAUUUUAUGUGUUGACAUAACUGCAUUAAACUAAACAAGUUUCAUAAGUCAAUUUAAUAAGAAUAACUAAUAAAAUUGUCGGUUUUAUUAUUCA